AUGUGGGUCUCAGAGAGUAGUUGGAUUUCUAUAUGCAUUGUCUAUAUCCAUGUUCCAAUAGUGGUGCGGACUUUAAGUCAAUGUAUAAAAGAAAAUGAUUGUAAAUGUUCGACUGAUGAAGGAACUAUUGAUUUGUCGAAGUUAUCUCUUCCUUCCAGCAGCGCACCCAGGUAUGGCAACAGAUGUAAUUGUUAUCCAUGAUGGUUCAAAAAUAGAAACGUAGAUUGACCCAUCGUACGCGAUUUUUUUGAGUAAUAUCAUAUGCAUAAAAAGUUAUCAUUGAUGUUGUUUACGUUUGGAGAUUUACAGAAUUUAAGUCGAGAGAGGGCAUUUUCCCUUGCUGUCUUGGGAAGGCUCGCGGAACGAACGUUCGUUGCAUUGCAUUGGUUAAGAGUGAUUAAAAGGAAAGAGGGUUGUGAUACUUCUACGAAUGAUUUAUUUUGCUCCUUUCAGCUCUUUGUGUUGCUCUACAUAGGAAUAUUCUUAUCACUGAUGAAAACCUGAAAAUAUGGCAGUUUGUGGGGGCGUUCCAAUUUUACUUUCUCACCUCUCCUAGCGAUUUUUUUUUUUCGAAAGAGGUUCGAAACUUUUCUUCAAAGAAGCUUACAACUUGAAUCCUUAGGUUCUUGUUUUUUUCGGAAGGUAUCCCAAGAAUUAAUUUUCAUUUUAUUUUUCAAAGGGCACCUAGCUACCAAAAAAGAAUUGAGAGUUAGGAUUCAUGUCAUCCUUGGUUGGGGUUGGGAUAGGGGCUAUGUAUCUGUACUUGAUGGCAUGGAAGAAAUUGAAAGAUCAAGUUAUUUGGUUGCAUAAUGGUGAAAGCAAUGAGGUCAUUUACUGUGAGAGUGCUAGGUAGAGGAGGAAUAUAGUAAGUGGCAGUCAAUAUCUUAUAAUGCUUGAUUAGCAAUGUAAAAUACUAUGAUUUAAAGGAAAUUCUUUUUCUCAUAGGUUUAAGGAUGUUGCUAUUAAAGGUGCUGAAGGUAUGACAGUUUCUUGGAAUCCCUGUAACAAGUGGACCAAAUCUUCAUCUCCAAGUUCCCAAUACAAGGAUUGUAAAAACAUAGCUGUAAGUCAGCCACAGUGUUUAUGUUGGAUUUGGCAUCAUGUGGUUGUCAUGUAUGGUAAUAACACCAGCCAUAAAUACUGGCAUUGUUUGAUUACUAAUGCUAUAGAAUCAUGUUGUUUGUUGAUCCCUAUGCCAGCUGUAUCCUCAAAUAUAACAUGAUGUCAGGGCUGGGAUUUUGAAUGAAGCUAUCCAUGUGAGACAUAUGCAUGAAGAAUUCAAAACAGAACUACCAGUAACACCUGGACCAUUUAGGCACUUAGGAAUAUCCAACUAAACACCACAACUGACAGAGGCUUGUUUUGGGACCAGACAGUUUAUUAAAUAUAUAUAUAUAUCCUGCAUACAUAAAACACUAGACUAUUAUAUGAAAGGUGUUUGAUGGCUACACUUAAGCAACAGUUCAUUAAUCAGGAAUAAAUUACAAACACCAAUGAAAUAUAAAAAAAAAAUCAAAACUGUCUGUGGUGUGGGUGAGAAGGAAGCUAAAAUUUUCUUAGAGGCUAGAAAUGAACUUGUUGCUUGCUUGCUUGAUUGCCAAUAACAUGUGCACAAAUACCUAAAUGGUACUAUACUAAAGUAAUCUUGUAACUAGAACGCAUUAAUGUAGUGCAUAGCCAUUUGUUCUAUCCAAGUCUUAUGACUUAUUUGCUGAACAAAUUGCUUAAUCUAGGAAAAAACUAAUAAUUAUGUCAACUGCCUGUAUCCAGUCCAGACCUCUCAGUUGUGAACGUCUAGAUUUAUAUUUAUCGAGAUAUUCACAACACUGUUUACUGCCUAAGCCUGAAAUAGCAGAUCUGCUAAGAUCCUAACUCAUUACACAACCUGGUGCUGUAGACAACUCUAGAAGUUUGUCAGAAAUUUAAAUGGCUAUAUGGAAUCUUAAAACUCUAAGUAGGCCUGCAGCUAAGUGGUCUAUGUCCUAUGACCCAAGGCACAUGCCUUGCAACCAAUACAUAACCUCAUCAAUGGCAGCCUGUGACCCCUACACUUGUAGCCAGCAGCUUUAAGUCAUUAGUUCAAUUCACACCUUAGCAGCCCAGAAAUUAGUGGCUUAAAGCCUACUGCAUGGUUAACAUGUUUAAAUAAAGGUCACCAAAUUCAAAUAAAGAUCACCAUUGUCCAGAGUACAAGUUUUUCAUGGUGAAACCCUAUAACUUAGCAGACAUAACUCAACAAACAAUGCUAGUCAUCCAGUCAUGAAGUAAAUAUGAUUUAUUAAUAAGUAGCAUAGAAGCCUGUAAAUGUUCAUCUUGUUUCAAAGGCAACUCCAAUAUUUCCUGAGAUAUAUAAGCCAUCAAAUGGGCCUCAGAGAGUGAGGAAAGUUGCUGUGAAGUAGGCUUUGAGCUUCAGGUUGGCCACAUGUGGUGGGUACUGGGGCCAUGAAACUGCCUAAACUCUGUCCAGGUGCUAUCUUGAGUUGACAAGUGAAGAAACUGACAAAAGUUUGUUAAGUCAAAGGCUACCUGCUGCCUGUAGAUAUGUACAACCCAGUUGGAGAGUUGCAAAUAUAUUUUUAAGAAACCUAUCAUGGAAUUUCAUUGUUAGGUUUGCUGUACAGUGGCACCAACUUCUCCUGAGGAUUUUGAUAUUGGUGAACAAGAGACCGCAGAAUUUAACUUAACAGCAGGGAAAUGUGUUUUAUCAUUUACAGGAAAGUUUUUUCUUGUAACAAAAGCAAGGUAUUUUGAACUGACUAUAAUAUGAUGAAAUACUGCAGCUAUUAUAGAAGUGAAAUAAUUUUUUUUGUGAAAAGGCUUGGUUAUUGUAGAGUCUCUUCCUCCCCAUUAUUCUUAGACUCUAAACAUGUCUGCAUGUUAGUUAGCUGGUUAUCCUGCCAUCAGAGCCUUAGUCCUGUAUGUAGCAGCUAAGAAUACUCACUAAUAUUCUCCCAGGAUGGGAUGGUAGUCCAUCCAUAGGUCAACCCCUAACAUUUUGUUGGGAAUUCUUGAUGUAUUUUGCAAGUACUCAUUCAUGCUCCUUGGUAAAGAGAGGCACUGUGAGAGUUAACCCUUCAACUCCCAAGAUCUCAUUAGUAAUUCUCCUUACUGUCUGCCAUACAGUUCUUGUGAUGUUAGUUUUGAGAAUUUCAUAUUGGAUCAACUUAUAGUCCCCUAACUGAUAUUUUUCGUCAUUCUCAUCACUUGUCUGCUUGAUAUUGUAUUGAUAUUUUUUUUAAGGAGAAAUUCUGUCUUAGUCACUCAUGGGAGUUAAAGGGUUAAAUGUCUUGCCCAAGAGCACAGCAUGAUGAUGUGGUCAGGUCUUGCAAUGGGAGAUUACAACACCGAGUCCAAUGCUCUAACUGCUAUGUUGUGGCAUCCUGCAUACUCUCAUCUACAACACCUAUAUUUUGGCUAUUUUACAUCAAAAUAUAAUGACUCUGAGUUUGUUGGUAAAGCUAAAGGGGUUGUUUCCUUACAGCAGGUUUUGAAAAGAAAGAAAGGAAAAUACUUCUACACAGUAUGUUAAGAAAUAAUUACAGAUUUGACGAAUAAAAACUUGUAUCUAUUAUAAUAACUCCUUUGCUUUUUGUUAGCCCUAAAACCUUCAUCACUUUGCAAUGUGAUUCAGCUGAAGAGGGCCGGCUGGAGUCUGUUGGUCCCCCAAAGAAAGUGGAUGAUUCUGCUCAUUUUGUAAGUUUAGUGCAGUGAAGUUUGCUUCAACCUUUUAACCUCAAAAAGUGACAGAUGUCUAAUUUGUCCUUAUAGUAUAACUCUAAAAUCAAAUGUAGAGGUCAUGAAAAUUUCGAAAAAUGAUCACCAAUAUAAUAAGCUCCUGCUUGUCAAACAAAUUCUUCUUACAAAGAGGCAUUCAGGGUUUAAUGUUCACCCACAAAAGGUCAAGUUUUAAAGCCAUUAUCACUUUGCUUGCCAUAGCAAAUAGAAAAAAUAAAUUUUGUGGGCUAAAUUUGUAGGAGUUGUCCCAAAUUUGGUGACUUGUAUUUGCAGACAUGUAGCAAUCUGUUCCAUUUUUAUUACCUAGUGUUUAUACUUCAAACAUUUGCAGACAAUGCUGCCAUAAAAUGUGAAUCCUUUGCACUUCUGCCAACAUCAGUAUGCAUAUUCUCCACACUGUUCUCUAUACAUUUCCAAGGGUGCUGCUAAGGAGAAUUUGUUCAGCAAUUAAGAACUUCUUCAGUUGGUGAUCAUUUCCUAUAUUCUCGUAACCUUUAUGCGUGAUUCAGUGGUAAUAUUGUAAGGAGAAAUUAGAUGUUAGUCAUUCUUACAUUCUUAAGGGUUAAAGGGGUAAAGGUUAGUAGAGGUGUAAGCUGAAUACAGGUUUGUUUUACAGUAAAAAGAGAAGACAGAUGCAAGACUUGGCUGGUAAAAGUCACUAACCAUUUUUUACUUGCAUAAUUAUUCAAAACUUGCUUUCAAACUUAUCUUUUCCAGUCAUUCAUUCUUCACUCCAAGUAUGCCUGUCCCAGAAAAUCAGGUUUGAGUACAGGAAGUGUCUUAAUCAUAAUGUAAGUAGAAUUGGGUAACAAUUGAAAUAUGUUUGUCAAUUAUGGGUAACUCAUAUUCACAGCUUUUCAUCACCUUUAGGUAGACAGGUAAAUACUGCGCAAAGAAAAUUACUCAGCUAAAUGGCAAAUGCUGGGAUUUUUUAUUUCACUUGAUCCUGGGAUGGACCAAAUUCAAUCUACACUCUCACAGAUUCUUCCAUCUUUGCAAAGCUGUAGAAAUUAAUAGACACCUGUUUCAGGUACCUCUUUGGAUUUAGAAUGCAGUCAGCUGUUUGGUUUCUGAAGGUUAAUUCCAUUCCAUGAUUUUUUUCUUGUUUGUUUGUUUUUUCAGUUUUGGAUCCUUACUUCUAGUGUAUAUUGUAGCUGGAGUUCUUUUCAAUAAGUUUCAUCGGGGAGCCUCUGGAAAAGAGGUCAUUCCUAAUGUCAACUUCUGGAUGGACUUUCCAUUGCUUGUGAAGGUGUGUGGCAUGACUGCAAGAGGGCUUGCUUUGAAGUAUUGCAAAAUAUCACAAAAAUUAUAUUCUAUCAUCUUUUAAUAGUUUUUGUGCUGUCAAAUGUCCACUUUUUUCAGAUAUCUGGAUUUAUUGGACAAUCAUACCAUGGGUAGGGGGGGCAGGGGGACAUUAUGCUUGUGGCUGAUAGAGUGGUCCUCCUACAGAACACAGCUGAGCAGAGGUGUUUUAAAGAUGCCUGCAUUUACAUUUAUUUUUCUCUUGCAAUUUGCACCAAUUAUUGUAAAACUGACCAUGUUGUCUUGGCAAUAGCCAUGCAUAGUAUUUUAAGCCCAUAAUAAGGAUUUUUCAUACUUGAUUUUAAACUGUGAUUUUUUAUUAUGGAAACUCACAUAUUUUUCUCUGUUAUAGGAUGGUGUAGAAUUUUCAUACCAAUUUUGUAAGAAGACUUGUGGACGAAAACGAAGCUCGUAUGAAGAAAUAUGAAUCAAUCAGCCUGGUGCUGGAGUAAAUUUGGCUUGAAAAAAUUUCCCUUACAAAAGUACUUUUCAGAGAUUGAGUAUUUCUGAUUGGUACCUGUUAGAAUAUGUACUUUGGUUUUGGUAGAAUUACUUAUUGAAAUAUUUGAUAGAUAGUUAUUUUAUAAUCGAAUUUACCAGGUAACUAAUGUAUGCAUCCAACUUGUGAUCUGAAUGCACUUGAACAAUAGAUUGUGAAGAACAUGUGAUUCAUUUGAGGAGAAAAUAAAUUACAACAUUUUUAAGAAACUAAUGGAUUACUAAAGAGCUAAUUCAAAAUGCAAAUAGACAAAACUUACAAAUAUUCCCAUGUUUAAGUGAAGCAAACAGGAGAUCAUCCAAAAGAAGAAAAUAUUGCUGGCAGGAACUAAGCAAGUAGUGUAAACAUAAAGACACCUGGUGAUUGAGGAAAACCUCAAGAAUAUUUGACCUUGAAAUGUGAUUGCCCAAUGGGGUAGCACAAUGUUACAUACGUGUUACAGAACAAAUCCAUGUCACACAUGUCUUAAAAAUAACCCAAAGAAUAAAUCAGGAAAAUGUCACAUAUGAAUCUAACAACUAUUUUAUUAAUUUUAUCAUUAUUUUUAACAAUGUGGAAGAGUUGCAUCAUCAUCAUUAUCAUCUCCCAAGUUGAAGAGAUGCUGACUUUAUAUACAUUGUCAUUGUUAUUAAAGAUGUUGAAAAUAAUCUCUAUUUUUAAGAUAUAAUUAUAUUUAGU